AUGGCACUCCAAUUAGGAUAUUGGCUCUUAGGAAAUUAUUUUCUGCAACUAAUUGGCUUUGCAUUGGCAAAUAUCCAAGCCACCAUUCCAGUUACACCCAGUCAAUAUGACACUGCUUUUCUCAACAGAAGCAGUUUUCCAGCUGGGUUCAUAUUUGGCUCAGCUUCAUCUUCUUACCAGUAUGAAGGGGCUGCAGGAGGAGGUGGUAAAGGACCAAGCAUAUGGGAUACCUACACCCACAAACAUCCAGAAAGGAUCCAAGAUGGCAGCAACGGAGAUGUGGCUAUUGAUGAAUAUCACCACUAUAAGGAAGAUGUGGAGAUUAUGAAGAACAUGGGGUUGGAUGCUUAUAGAUUCUCUAUCUCAUGGCCAAGAUUGUUACCGAAUGGAAAGCUAAGCGGGGGCGUGAACGAGGAAGGAAUCAACUACUACAACAGUUUCAUCAACGAACUCCUACACAAUGGUCUAAAGCCAUUUGUAACCCUCUUCCACUGGGAUCUUCCCCAAGCCUUAGAAGACGAAUACGGUGGUUUCUUAAGCCCUCAUAUUAUAAAUCACUUUCGAGACUAUGCAGAGCUUUGCUACAAGGAAUUUGGUGAUCGGGUAAAAUACUGGAUCACAUUGAAUGAGCCAUGGAGCUAUAGUGUUGGUGGUUAUGCAAAAGGGGAGUUCGCACCCGGACGAUGUUCUGAUUGGCAGAAGCUAAAUUGUAAUGGUGGGGAUUCAAGUACAGAACCAUAUGUGGUGGCACACAACCAGCUCCUCGCACAUGCAACUGCUGUAGAAUUGUACAAGAAGAAAUAUCAGGCAUCUCAAAAGGGUCUGAUAGGGAUAACGCUAUUGUCACAUUGGUUUGCAGAGCCAAUAACAAGUGGUGACUAUCCGCACAGUAUGCGGUCUCUUGUUGGAAAUCGUCUACCAAACUUCACGAAAGCAGAAUCUAAAUUGCUAAAUGGGUCAUUUGAUUUUCUUGGAUUAAAUUACUAUACUACUUAUUAUGCAGCCUAUGAAAGCCAACAAAAUUCUGUAAAUGCAAGCUACUUGACAGAUGCUCGUGCUAAUUUUUCAUUUGAGCUUAAUGGGGUCUCUAUUGGUCCAAAGGCUGCUUCAGAUUGGCUAUAUGUUUAUCCAAGAGGAAUUGAAGAUCUUUUACUCUACACAAAGAGAAAGUAUAAUGAUCCAAUCAUUUACAUUACGGAGAAUGGGAUUGAUGAGUUCAGCCAUCCAAAAUUGUCACUUGAGGAAGCCCUUAAUGAUAGCCAGAGAAUUGACUACUACUAUCUCCACCUCUAUUACGUUCGACGAGCCAUCAAGCACGGUGUCCAUGUUAAGGGAUUCUUUGCAUGGUCUCUGUUGGAUAAUUUUGAAUGGUAUAGUGGUUACACUCUUCGAUUCGGUAUGAACUUCGUGGAUUACAAAAAUGGGUUGAAAAGAUACCCAAAACUCUCAGCCCAUUGGUUCAAAAAGUUCCUAAGUACUAGGGAAAUCGAAUUGCAGACGUUGUUUGUGACCAAAUAA